UAUACAUAAGGAUGACCUGAUAACAUUUUUGAUUUUAGUAUAUUCUGAAAAGUGUCCUAAUAACAUAUUUCAGAUUUUAGGAUAUUCAGAAAAGUUUUCUUCUAAUACCAAAGAUGAGUAGAAAGAAAUAUCAUAAUAUAAAUUGUAUUACUGGUCUAUUUUGUUAUUAAUUGGCCACAUAGGCCACUAAUUAUUAAGUACCUACAAUUUGACUUUGGCCAAUGUAUAUGCUAUGUUGCCUUGGCGUGUUUUAAAAGAAAGCGAAACCUUUCUUCAACAAUAAUAUAAUUUCAAAUUAGGAAAAGGGAGGAACAUUCGUCUCAAAUUACAGCAAUAUCAUGUCCCUUACUGACACAUAUAUGGUCGACCACAUAUUAGAAACACUCCUCAUUAUAUAACAACACCACAAACUACAGCCUUACCACCACUCAAUGGCUUCAACAAAAUAUGGACAUUAUAACCGACUGGCAUUUUUAUUGGACUGUUUUGUUCUAACUAGGUGUACCUAAUAAACUGGUGUAGACGAAGUGAAUCUUGGUAAAGUAAAGUAGCCACAUUCAAAAUCCCUAAACUAAAGGACCCUUUACAUUUAAGUCUAGCUGAAAGAGUUGACUUUCCCUCGAUGAAUAAUAAACUUCAUAACUUCAGAAGUAAAAGUAAACUUUAUAGUGAUAGACAGAUUUAGGGCAGAUUUGUUUGCAUUGUAAAAAAUCCUGCUUUGUAAUGAGACACUUUCUCAAAAUAAUGACUUUGUCCUAUAAUUUCUAAACAUCGACGUAUCAAUAUUUUUACUCAGGCCUAGUGGGCAACUAAGUCAUUAUUUGAGCUGCUAAGUAUUUUUCUCGAGAUAAGUAAGUUAUUCUUUGGACAUUUUAUUUUGAAAUAUCUACUUAUUUAUUUAUUGGACUGUUUUAGUCUUUCCCACUUUCUCUCACGGUUACCAACCUCCCCACUGGUAACGUCGCACUGUAUAUAUUAUGACCAGGGCAGAAACCGUUGUUUUUGAACGCAUUAACCGUGUGAGUUCCACAUCUUCAGAGUCAGCUCGGGUCACCCAACGGCAGCAGCGGCGGCCUCCAUUUUAACUCCGACACCGAGCAACACCUCACGUGUCCUGGUCUGUCUCUCUCACAUGACCCGAGUGUUUGUUCCCGUGAUCAGCACUUCCAUCUCCGUCUGUGACACCGAAUAUCACUUUUUACUCCAACCCUGAUGGAUAUGCUCGAACAGAGUCUGGACAGCGCCAGCCAAGAAAAGCAAGAAGAAGAGGUUGUCCAGACGUCUGAAGGAGAAGAACAGACCGCUGUGACAAUAGCCAGUGUUCAGCAGGCUGCAGCGUUUGGUGACCAUAACAUACACUAUCAGUUCCGCACUGAGGGGGGUCAGGUGACGUACCGUGUUGUUCAGGUGACUGACCAGCAGCUUGAAGGGCGAGAGGAUGCGGGAGGAGCAGUGAGUGUCGUCUCUACAGCUGCCUUCACUGGGGCGUCUCAGGCUGUGGCUCAGGCUGUGAUCCAAAACCCUUUUAGUAAUGGAGGAAGCCCAGCAGGAGAGACAGUGGGAGGGGAGACGCGCUUCGCUUACUUCCCAGCAACUGCGGUGAGCGACGGGACUGUGUCCGUGCAGGCUGCCGCGGACCCCACACUCACACAGGCAGGGGGUCAGUUUUAUGUGAUGAUGACCCCCCCUGAUGUCAUUCAGACAGGCACACCACGGACCAUCGCUCCUCGUACACAGUCUUACCCUGCAGAUGAAAACGAGCUGCUGCAGCAUGAAGGUUUAGACUGGAAAAUGGAUGGACCGCGAACACCGAGAGAUGAAAGGAGAAGAGCGCAACACAAUGAAGUUGAAAGGCGGAGAAGAGACAAGAUAAACAACUGGAUUGUCACGCUUUCCAAGAUCAUCCCAGACUGCAAUAUUGACAGCACCAAGACUGGAGCAAGCAAAGGGGGCAUCCUGUCUAAAGCUUGUGACUACAUUCGCGAUUUGAGGCAAAGCAACGUGCGACUGCAGGAGGGCCUGAAGGAAGUGGAGAGGAUACAAGUGGACAAUGAGUUGUGCAGGCAGCAGAUUGAAGAGCUGAAGAAUGAGAACGCUUUGCUCCGAGCGCAACUUCAGCAGCACGGCAUCGAGAUGGUUGGAGAGACCCCGCCGCAGUGAAGCAGAGACAAAACCAAAACAACAAAGAACAGGGAGGGGCACCACCACUCAGACACACAACCGACACAUUGGAAGAGGAGGCGAGAUGAUAGACGAGGGAAAGAAAAUGUAAAAAAAAAAAAAAAAAACAAGAACAUGUGAAGAAUCACUAUCUUUUUUGUGAAUGCAUCCUUCCCUGGGUUCCCAGGUUGAGAAAUCCUUCACGGACAAUUGCUGUUGAGAUAACCACCUGUUACGACUCAGUAGAAAUGUGCUCCGAGGAAAAGAUGCCCGCUCACGUCGUCAUGGCGUCACGAGCACUGGCUAUGAAAGAGAACCUCUGCUGAACUCCUCCCUUGUUUUGUAUUUAUGUAGCCUCACUCAUGGACGAUGAUGUUUUGCCGUUUAAUUGUUGUUCCUCGUCGGUGUAUUUCUUUUAACCCCCCUUCAAAUUACUAAUUUUGAUUUAGUUUUUGCUUUUAUUCUGUUUGUGUUUUUGAGUUCUGUGUUAAUGUUUGUUUUUAGCUGCUUUAAUUUAUUAGUCCGCUUGCUGGCAGAAGCCUUGAUGGAGACCAGUUACACAGACGCUCACGCACCCCCAGAGUAGCAGAUUUAAUUUUUAAGUGAGAAAACAUCAAAGUAUGCAAAACAUUGUUGAUACUACAGACAGAAUUAAUGUUAAUGCUACACACACAUGGCUUAUCUAGACCCAAACACAAACAAGGAGCAGUGCCGGACGAUUCUUAUCCACCGAUUUAUGUAAAUAAGACUUCUUGUGUUUUAAUACAGAUUUUACACAACGUUAGAGCAGAUUAUCUCUGGGAGUAAACAAUCAAUAACUCAUUAAGUUCAUGGUGGCCCUUUGACGUAGUAAUUACCAUUAAGUGUGUGCAAAAAGGUGGUAUACUUGAAUUGUUGGGUAUUUAAUCACAUUUUUAAAGAUCCAACUGUUAUUACAAAUUGAAAUGUACAAGUGUGGAGCAUGUCGACAAAUAACGAACCCAACGCGCUGGAUUUGGACUGGAGGAGGAGGGGGUGGGGUGAAGUGAGGUGGGUGCGGCGCAAAUGCCAACUUUUGUCAAACUUUCUUUUUUCAUAUUUUGUUCAUGUGUGAUUUACCGGCGUCUCAAUACGCGUAAGAAUAAUCCCCACAUGUUUCAUUUCAAGCUGUUUGCUCUAUUUUGGUAUUGCGACACUUCAAAUGCAGCUCAAUGCACAAGCAGGGAGGGGGGGGCACACCCCGGAGAGUGGCACUCAAAAGACUCUGCUCACUAUGGAACAGGAGUACACAGAAAAUACUGUGUCGUACUUCUGAGUCGAGCAUAACUUGUUCUCCACGAAAAGAAGGAAUACUUUGAAAGUGGGGAAACUUGGAAAUGAGCUCACGUAUUGCUCUACCCACUCAGGCGAACAAUAAGUAAACUGUAAUGCGUUGUACAAAUGGCAAAACCAAUAUUAACAUUGUUGAUGAUUUUUGUGAAUGAAUAUACAUGAUGUGUUGUGUUUUUUUUUCUUUUCUUUUUUCUCCCGGCUUUGGGGUGAUGUGAGCGGAAGAGAUAUCAAGCUCUGGAGCCACUUAUUAGAGCACGCUUGCGUCUCCCUGUGUCAACAGCUGAGGAUCCAGCCGGGCAAAAUCAGGCCGACCAUCACUUUUUAAUAUCUCAGACUGUGCAAGUUACCAGCUCGUGCUCUGGAAGUGCUGCCAGAUUCAACUCUGAUAUGGAUACUGCGACUGUCUGAACUCUCAAACGAGGCGCCUCGCCAAAGUUGAAUGAUGGAUGUUUUGCGGUAGAUUUCUUUUAUUAUUACACCUCGGUAAGAGUAGUGCAGAGAAUGUGAAUGUGAAGUCAUGAAUAAUGCUUUGGAAGACGGAUGUUCACAAAUGAAAAGGUCACUCGUGGCUAAUUUUCUUUUUGAGAAGGGCAAAAGAAUGAAGAGAGAAAAACAGUCCUUUCUGUAGCAGCCUCACUUUUCUCAGGUUAGAUUUUAAAGACAGCUUUUCUAAGUAAUAUGGUGAAAAAAUAAAACUUUCACUAGCUGAUGACCUUUA